AUGUCGACCAGCAUCGUCACCCCUCCCGAGCCACGGACCUUGUUCCCACCACUGCUGGCAUGUCUUCCUACCGCCUUCAUGUCGCCGCGCCCUCCACCGGCACUGCUUCCUCUUCUCUCGCCCAUCUUGCGCCAACGAGUCAACCUCCUCGCUGGUAACACUUCCUCAGGUCAAGGCGGCUGGCUGAACCUGCUCUCUUGGUCCUCGUCCCGCUCCUCAAAACUCGGCGGUAAAGUCGAGGCCCUGCAAUUGGAAGCUCAUCCUGUAUCUGGCGAGCUCGAGCUUGAGGACAUCGACAAGAUCAGCUACAGAAGAGUCGACGAAGAAACACUACAAUGCUGCUUGCAAGUUGAAGAGUUUGGACUGUUGCCGGUAUACGUCUGGUGCGAGAAUGAUGCAGAUGGUGGACAACUUGGCGGAGCAUCAGGCUGGAGAUUGGCUGAAUUGCGCGCUCUCGAAGAUCUCAGCGACGAUGUCUCCCAAUGGACAGACUCCAUCGCUGCCGCAAACGACGCUUUCGAGAGCAAAUCUCACCCCAACGCUCCUACCUUCACCAUCCCUCAACAAGCGACGGCAGAAGAUGACGACGACGAUGAUGAUGAUUACUGGGCCAGCUACGACAGAACACCCAACAAUAGGACUCCUGCCCGCACCCCUAAACGCGCCAGUCCCGCUCCUGCCACUGCUUCUUCGAACCUCGCCCCCACAAACGACGAACUCGAAUACUUUGCUCGCUAUGCUGCCGAAGUCCAGCCUGCUCUCGAUGACCACGAUCCCGAUGAGGAGCAUCCCGAGACUGCAGACUCGACCCUGCGCGGCGGCGAAUUGAGCGCAAAACAAAUAGGAGAGCCAAACACCAAUCCUGCGCCACCCAUGUUCGCUGCCGAUAGCAACGAAUUGAACAAUACGUUCCAAGCACAGACUCAGAACCAAGAGCUGGAAGCACCAAGGCCCACAUCUCCGGGCAGCAGUGUCGAUGUUCUCGAACGUGGAGCUGAAGACAUGACGAGAGCUGAGAUCGGUGUCAAACAGUUCAUCAGCACAGAAAUGAAGAGCAUGUUCCGUCUUGCCCGAAGCGUGGGCAUGGGGAGAGAAGAGUUCGAAAGGAUCAUCAAGACCGAGAUUGAUGUCUUGAGCAUGCUUGAAGCUGAUGACUAA